UCUCGCAGAGUUUGUAUUCUGAAUGAAACAUUGUUAGCGAUGAGCUUCUUGCUUCCAAAACGGAGGAGCAAAUGGGACGUCGACCAAGCAAUAAAAAGACAGCAGAGAAGGUUCUUGUUCUCAGAUUUGGAAGAGAUGAGGAUCUUGUUUGAUUACAGCUGGAUGACAUUGAAUGCACAGGGAUCAAAACCAGUACCUGGACUACAUGAACCCACAUCUUGAUGUAACUGAUGAAACUAAGGGAGCCUCAAUGAUUUUGCAAGGGUCAGCUUUAUUAUGGAAAAACAGAAUCAAGAAUCUAAACCUUUAAAACAGUCAAGUGAUAGAAAUUCUGAGUUUCGUAUACCAAAGAAAAAAGCAGAUGAUUGGUCAGAAGAUGUUCAUUUGAGCUCUCCUUUAUCAAGAUUAAGUGAGCCUAGCUACAAAAAUGUAACUGUCCGAAAGCGGCCCUGGGAUUCCUCUUAUGACUCUUUCAAUAAAACUCGAAAUAAGGACUCAAAUGCCUAUUACCAGUCAAAAUUUCCUCCAUUCCGGUCUAGUAGGAGUGAACUCAGGGGGGUUCAUAACGAGGCAAAGUCACCAAGUGAAGAAGUGCCGUAUGACUUUAAAGCAAAAAGGUGUUCAGUAGAACUGAUAAGAAUUCAAGAGCCAUUUCUGCAAAGUAAAGCAUGCAGAGAUGUCAGUAACACAAGCAAUUCAUCCCAAAAAGAAGCUAAUAUGAGCAACAGUAGAAGAAGGAGUUAUUGCGAUCAAAGUGAGAGUUCUCGAAAGGAAGCCGAACAACAAAAGAAAAGUCCUGUGAAUAUGAUUUCCUCUCCAAGUAAAAGCAAACGUGACAGAACAUACUGUCAAAAGCGUGCAGAACAGAUGCAAAGCAAAGCACAUUUACUGCCACAAGAAGAUUCUAUCUGUGUUAAUGCCUUGUCUGUGGAAGAAAACUUGCAGUUAUCUACAGGCACACCUGACAUUGGAAGGACUACUUCAUCGAAAAGCAACAAUGGCACCACAUUAACUGAUGAUAUUUUUGACAGCUGUAAUUUUGAUGAGCAUUCAUCAAAUAACCUGCAAGUGUUGAGCAAAAGAAAUGUGAAAACACGUCAUUCCCAUAAAGAAACUCCAUCUUCAUUAGAACCAAUUGUGCUUUCAAGUGACGAAGAAGAAAGGAACAAUGUAAAAACUACAGAACCUGUCAAUGUUUCUGUUAUUGAAAAUCCCUUGAUUGAUGUGAAUGAAGGCACAGCACAAGAUGAGGCUUCAAAGCUUACGAAACAUUUUGUACUUGCUGAAAAAGAAACAUUGUUAAGUCGUCAAACAGAAAAUCAAGUCUUAGAUUUAGAAUUUAUGAAUGCGUACAUUGGCAAAAAGAAGGGGCGAGCAACUGGCCCUGCUAAGUUUACUGCUAAAUCUAUUAAUAUACCACUAAGAGUGACCCUGCAAAAAAAUUCUACAAUUUCAGUCAGUACAUCGAAACUGUGCAAAUAUGGUGUGUGGGAAACAGACAAAGACUAUGUGAGGAGCCGUGCUAUAAUCUUCCUUUGGGUGUCUUCCGACUAUGUCCAGCACAUAGAAACACAGUUGGGAACAAGCAGCAGAGAUGCAGUGUCAAUAUCAAUUGAAUUGAUUUUCCUUGAAUUAAACGCCAUACCUUCUAAAAAAGAACUGGAUGUACUGCAUGAAAUAAUGAAAGAAGCCAGCAAUAAAGGAUCACCUGGUCUCAAAGACAUCAUGUCUUGGCAGAUGGCUUGUCCCCUGCUUAAAGAUUUGCCACCUACAGAGAAUGCAUUCAUGUUAAAUUGUUUAUCUGCCUUUCAAAAACAGCAGCCUCACCUACCAGAAACUCAAGCCCUGCCAGAGCCUUCAUCAGAGUGUUCAAGCAACAAACAUACUCCAAAUACUUAUACUCUUUUGCAGAGGCAAAGAGGUGGGAUUUAUUCUGCAUCUUUGGUACCAAAGCAAGAUAACGGAUGGACAGAAAUGAAGCAUGCUGGAUCUUUGCUGAGACUCAUAGUCUAUCCUCCUCCUCCAACAAAGGGAGGCUUGUGUGUAACAAAUGAAGAUCUGGAUUGCCUGGAGCAUGGGGAAUUUCUUAAUGACGUGAUAAUCGACUUUUACCUCAAGUAUCUUUUGCUGGAAAAGUUUCCAAAACCAUUUGCAGAAAGAUCUCACAUCUUUAGCAGUUUUUUCUACAAGUGCCUGACUAGAAAGGAGAUUGGAGCAAAUGAGAGCAUUACAGCACUACCAGCUGCUCAACGGCGUCAUCAGCGAGUGAAAACUUGGACACGUCAUGUUGACAUAUUUACAAAGGAUUUCAUCUUUGUUCCAGUUAAUGAGAAUUCCCACUGGUACCUUGCAGUGAUAUGCUUCCCUUGGUUAGAAAGUGCUGAAUAUGAAGAGAGAAAGGAGCUUCAUUCUACUUCCCUUUACUGUAAACCGCCCAAAGAGACCUCAAAUAGGGGUUCAGUUAUUGUAUUCAAUGACAGGCUUGAAAAAGAAGAGGACACUAUAUUUGAUGACAGCAGUUCUGAUGAUUCUAAUAGACUGUCUCCUCAUUCAGGAUCAAAUCAAAAUCAUAAAAGUCAGGAACCCAAAAGAAACCCAUGUAGGAAAGUCUGUAAGAGACCAUGCCUUCUGAUCUUUGAUUCUUUGAAAACUGCAUCUGUUCAGACUACUGUGCAAGUUUUAAGAGAGUAUCUUAAGGUGGAAUGGGAAGUCAAACGAAAAACCACACGUGAGUUCAGCAGGUCCAAUUUUCGAGAGUUGUAUCCUAAAGUUCCAAAGCAGAAUAACAGCACAGACUGUGGCUUAUUUCUUUUGCAGUAUGUAGAGAGCUUUGUUCAGAAACCUAUUGAAAAUUUUGAUUCUCCAAUACACUUAAAAGACUGGUUUCCCCUCACUGUAGUAAAGUGCAAAAGAGAAGAAAUUAGAGACUUGAUCCUAAAACUACAUUUACAGCAAGAUGGGAACAGUGGGAAGAAAUGUUAAUUCUUCACAUAAAUUGCUAGAAUGCAGUCUGCCUUAUUGUUUGUGUAAAAGGAUACAAAAAAGUUUUGUAAUUAUUUUAAAUACCAUAAACCAGAAACUUUAUUUAAAUUAAAAGCUGUGAUAUUUGUUAUUAAAGUCUAAGUAUCCUGUUUUCAAAAAUAUGAUCAUUAUGCUAAGUUUUGAGAUGAAAGCUGUUCUGGAUUCUGUACUUAAAGAGAAAACAUAUACUAUUUGCAAUCCUGAAAAUGUAGUAUAAGCUGCUUCUUGUGGACAUUAAAAACAUUCUAAAUAUAA